CAGCAAGCGCCUACCUUGAAGUGCCGGACAAAUAUACAUAUAUAUAUAUAUAUAUAUAUUAAGGAGCUCACGAAAACUACUUUGAAACGAACCUCAUGGCAAGGGACUCUUUCUACUUCGGCGUCGAGAUCGAGCUCAUUGCGGAGCCUCACGUGGUCCGACAUUCACAGGGCCGAAGGUUUUACUACGAGAAGCUUGCUGCAUCCCUCCGCAACCAUGGCCUUAAUGCAAUGGCAGAUUCCCUGGAAGGCAGAUACCGCAAGCAUUCCGAGCAUUACGACAAAUGGUUCCUCACAAAAGAUGGAUCGCUGGGCAACCCAGCCCACCCUGCCAUUCCCAUAGAAGCCGUAUCCCCAGUCCUCAGCACCAGCCAACACUGGGAAACCGAAAUCGACCUCUUCUGGACCUCCUGGGGCCGGGUCUUCGAACUUCCCCGCCGCUCUGCCAAAUGCGGCAGCCACAUCCACGUCUCCCCUGGGCCCAACAAGCGCUUCACCCUAACUGAGCUGAAGAAGAUCGCCUGCGGCAUCGUCUUUUACGCAAACAACCUGAACGACAUGCUCCCCGCGCCCCGCCGUAACAACGCGUAUUGCCAGAAGAACUGGGAAACUUCAAGGGUCGGCGUGUGGUACGAGAACGGUUCCAACAACGAUGUCCGACUGACUAUGGAACAGAUUUGGGGGGUCGACGACGAGCGGGAGUUGGAGGACUUCAUGCAAGACGACCGGCGCGUGAUGUGGAAUUUUGAGCACACCGUCCCCGGCAACCGCUGUACCGGCACCGUCGAGUUUCGAGGCGGGCGCGGCCUCAGGGGCCCCAACCGGACAAAGUGGUGGAUCGCCUUUGUCGUGUCGUUCAUCCAGCUCUGUAUAUCUAGCAAACGCUUCCCUAAGAAAAGCCCAAGUGACCGUCCACAGACAGAUUACUUCUGGCGAAAAGUCAGAAAAUACGCCCGCACCAUUCAUGUCGCAGACGACCUACCGCCAGACUGGCACGAUCUGAACGAGUCGUACAGUAGUGGACAUUGGGAAGACACGGUGGACAGCGACGAGGACGAAUCGGAGACAUCGUCGAUCGUGUCAAAGGGUGCUUCCCAGUACUGGGAUUCGGAUUACUUGUCGGGGGACGAGAGAUAAUGAGCGAAUGACAUGGAGCAGGAAAGGCGCGACUGCGUUAUCCUAUGAUAACGCCGCGAAUUCCGUUAGACCUAAGGUGUGUUGGAUUUGCCGUGGAGAAGCUAGUGUGAAAUCUAAAUUAUAUAGUGAUCUUGGUGUUGAAAAUGAAGGUUUCGGCAUACGUAGAGACAUGAACAUCAUGC